AGAAUAGUUUUCGUCGACGUCGUAAAAACAAAAAGUUGAAGACAAGGACAAGUAAAUCAGUUUUAUUUUGAAACGCACAUCCACGAUUUAAUCGAAAUUCCCAGACAGGAACUGCUUUACUGAGAAGCAGGAUAAUGCGUUAACCAAUAAGCGAUAGCCGAUCUGUAUCUGUUUUGAAAAAUGUAUAAUGACAACGAACUAGAUCUAGAGGUAGCUGUUCUGAAGUUUAGAGUUGGACGAGCGUCGAAUGCUGAUGAAGAUGAUAGUAGAAGACAAAUUUAUAGUGCAGCAUCGUCAUGCGAAGUAAAAGACUAAGCCUACAUUUUAUUCUUGUAAGAUGAGAUACAUAGUGCCAAUUCUAUUCCUCGUUUCUUGGUUGUCUGGACGCCCCCGACAAAUCCAAGAUUCGUUGAUUUUGUUACAAUUCGCCAUCAGCAUUAGUGCCUUAUGACCCAAACAUGCCGCUUGCUAAAACUAUUUCCGGGACGACUACAGGACUCGAGCGAAGACGUUGCUGCUUUUGUCUGGUUGGCGUCUGGAAGUAGAUUGUUUUGGAAGAAGAGACAAAAGAGCGGAAAAAUUGGUGCGCAGCACGACUUAGCUUUAGCUUUAUUAGGUUCCAAGUUUUCCAAAUGCUUAGUCCCCCGACCGGUGGGCUGUUUUCGCCAUCGAUUGUGGUGGAAAAGGUAGAAGAAAGUUGAUGCCUUGUAAAAAGCCGAGCGCGAGCCAAAUGUCUGUGCUCAUUGUUAACUGCAGCUCUCGAGGAUCAUUCGACUACGAAGCUCAGUACUCUGCUCAAGAAAUGACGGCUCCGACUUAAUGGCGCGGCUUCGCUGGCGUCCCGCGGACGACCAGCAACUGCGGUACCCUAGCGUUUGUCCAUCCGCUCGGUCCCACUUGUUCGAUAAGCUCGUCCGGUUUUGUUGUCUCUCUUGAUUAAACAGUCCAAAAAACUGUUGCUCAUGUUCAACAACAUGAUAAUAUUUUUCAAUGAUUAUAGAUUCGCGAUUCGGUUUACUCAACAAGAAAAGGAAUAGCGAGACGCUGGGACGCGUGAUUGAGAUUGUUUUUGUUGUGUUGUGAUGUUGGGUCGUGCCGGUUACUUUUAUAGUUUUUGAUUUCGUCCUCUAGGUCUAGUUGAUGCGAACCAGCACGACUUCUUGGAUUUUUUCGCACACGAAUCAGGAUGAGCAACGGUUUCUUUGCACAGCUGCAUACUUAGAAAGCCGCCGUCGUCAUCGUCGCGUUUCCUUUGAUUUUGGAGUCGUGCUCUGCCUUUGCACCAUCGCGGCCAUCAAAGAUAGAAAGCCCGACCCGCUCGAAGACCAAGCGGCGACAUUGUAGCUGUCGUCACCACGUAAGCCUCUCCGUAAGUAGUAGUUGCUGCGAUGUUUGGUCGCAGCCUUCCCUGCCGCGCGACGGGCGCCGUGGGCCGCAUGCGGGUGCCCUUCCGGAACGUGCGUCAGCGGCGGCGGACGCGCGGACGGAUUAUCCAGCUGAAACAGACGCACUACGAACCAAAGCCCGACUGUUCCGAAAAGUUACCGGUCUCGAUUCUUGGCACUUCCGUAGUGAAGCGGCUUGUGCAGAGCCCGCGGCAGGAAGCGGAGGAGCUGCUGCAACAAAUUGACUGGGACAAGUACAAGACGGGCGUGCCCGGGGUGCGAUGGCACGCGGCGGGCGGAUUCGUCGUUCGCUUCGCCAAGUAUCGCCCGGAUAAGAACUUCAACGUAAGUAGGUUUGUUGUGCCUAAAGAAGUGGCUUUGUUGACGCACGUUGUUGCACUCGUACAGGUGGCGCUUGUAUGAUCUCAUCUUCAUCGUUUGUAGUUCACACACGACUCACACUGUACUCGUCGCUGGAGUGAGUUCAUCUUGACAAACUAGGGUCGUCGUGCAAGAAUGUCGACUGACGUCCUCCUAUCGUGCGCGAGAAUAAUCAUGGUCUGAAGCCUAAUGUGAAACACAAGAAAAGCCAAACAAUAUCAAUACUCCACCUCAGUGUGUCUGCACCUGCCUGUUUCGUGUCGGGCUGUACGGCUUCGAAGAGGCUAAACGGCGCGCCAUAGCAUACCGCAAACGGCUGGAGCAAGAGUGGAACGAACAGCAGAAAAUAUGGCGCAUUCUGGACACGAAGGAGGAAAUUCGGAAGUUUCAAGCAGCCAAACAAAAGUUGGAAGCUACGACGAAGAAUGCAAGGGAAGAACAUGUUGUGACGCAUGAUAUUUCUCGCGGUCCUCCGCCUGGACGACGCGGCGACGAAAGAAUAUCACCGCAAGAACGACCUCAUCAGCCCCUCAAAAGAAUGAGCGCUGAGCUGUAGAAUGAUAAUGAUUGCGAUUGGCUCACCUGGCCCAUUCAUUCUAAAGGAGGUCGCUGGUAUCCUCGCUUGUUGCGCUUCUCAUUUGCCUAACGCUAACGGCUACGUGCGACUUAUGCAACUGCUGUGAAUAAUGUAUCGUAUAGCUUUGCUUCUACUUUUAGUAGAAGGUCACUGAACAAAGAAACGCAUCAAU